AUGAUGUAGGACACUCAAGACUCAAUGUAAUGGCACAGACCAGUCACGGAGCAAAUCCAUCAAGCAUCAGUGAGGCAUUCAGCUUUCUCAAGGAAUACCAGCUAGGAACGGCCUUUGACGAAGCCAAAUCUGAAAAAAUUUGCUAUGGUGGUCAUAACGGUUUGGUAAAUGGUGAAAAUGAGGAGUUUACCAUUGUCACCUAUGUAGAUAAUAAAGGUCCCCCUGAAAAGUCUUUCAGCAAAACCAAGAAUUAUUCAGAAAAUUGGAAUAAUGAGCCCAGAUCAAUGUUGGAAAAUAGUGCCAACAAAUUAAAUGAUCAUGCCAUGAGAGCUGGUUUGAAACAUGAAUGUAAUGUAUCCUCAGCAAGAAGCCCCAUUAAGGACUCUACUGAGGGUGAAAGGAUGAAGUUACAUGAUGAAAUGACUAAUGAGAGAUCAAGUGCUCAACAAAGGUCUGAUUGUAGUUGUCAUGACAUAAACCAUUGUGUAUGUAAUGAAAGCAACUCUAAAAAUGAACAGGUUGUGAUGAGAAAACAUAGAAAUGUGGAUGUAAAUAACUUUGUUCAUAAAUCCUUAGAAACUAAGUGUUCAGAUUCGAAGGGCAUUUUGUCUGCAGCUUGUAAUUCCUCUUCUGUAGACAGGGAAGAAGUGAACCAGUCAAGGAGAACUGGAGAGGUUGUAAGUGAUGCUUUUGAUUUCCUGAAGGAUAUGGAAGAUGGUCAGCAUCCACAUCACCAUGACAGUGUUGUCAUAGUAACAGGGGAAGAGGACAAAAUUUUCAACAAGCUUUCCAUAGUUAGUGAGACUUCAGAGAAGUCUAAUUCAUUGAAUGUCAAUUCCAUCUCAGGCAAUGACAAUAGCAUUAGUGACAAUAUAAAAGAUAGCCAGUAUAAUCCAGAAAGUCCCACAAAGGAACAAAGCAAAGUUCUCAGGCGACAACAAAAUGUGUCGAGUAAUUCUCAGGAUAAUUCAGAAGAUUCCUCAGAUGAAGACACAGGUAUAUAUAAUGAAAGCUAUCGAAAGUCUGUUUGGUUGUGUAUGCCAGAGGAAAAAUCACCCAGGUUGUUUCAACCAUCCAGCAUAGCUGAAGAACAAGAAUCCGAUGAAGUGUUCCUCAGAAGCAAUGAUACAUUACAAUUUGAUAAACCCCACAAAAGAUCCGACUCAACUACAACAACUAAGUCUGAGUGUGAAUUUAAACAUGAAUAUCGUAUCCGACGGAAAUGUAUGGUACAUCGCCAUGACAGCCAGCAAGAAUAUCAUCGCCUGUCUGCAAAAUUAUAUGAACAAGAGAAAGUGGUUGUGAUAACAAAAGAGGACCAUGACAGAGAUUUUGGCCUACAUAUAUAUGACAGUCAUCCAGCAUUUAUAACAGACGUAGACAUGGGAAGUCCUGCCCACAGAGCUGGGAUAAAGCCAGGCCAGAUACUCAUUGGCAUUAAUGGAGUCAAUGUUCUGGAAUCAAGUCAUGAGGAAAUUAUCAAACUAGUGCAAAAAGAUCCGAGCAUAGUGAAGUUAGAAGUGGCUGCUGGAAACGAUGUCCAUUACAUCAGGAAUUCACAGACACCUGUACUGAGUGGUUACAUGUACAAGCAGAGUAACUCCACGUUUGUCAAGAAUUGGAGGCGGCGAUACUUUGUCCUGAGAUAUGACAACUGUUUGUACUACUAUAAAGGAGAACAGGAUCCAGACCCUCUGGGAGCAUUCCCACUCCUGAAUUACAUUGUGUCCAAACAUACUGACUCUAGCAAAGGGCAUUGCUUCAAGGCAGAAAAGUUUGGAGCCAGAACUUACUACUUUAUUCCUGACUCUAGAGAAGAGAUGAUCAAGUGGAUCUCAGCAUUAAAUGAGGCUGCAACCAGAGCCAGAGAAAAGAAAGAUGCCUGGAUGGAUGUUACCGCCCACAAUGUAGGACUGCCUGCUCUGGACAUUAAAAAACCAGACUGUUCAGGGUAUCUCUCCAAGUGUGGGGGAACUGUCAAAACCUGGAGAAAACGUUACUGUGUGCUCAAGGAUGCCUGUAUAUAUUAUUAUAAAAACAUCAAUUCUUCAAGUGCUCAAGGCAUGGCCCAUCUCCAUGGAUACAGCGUGGACCAGGUCCCGGGCGCUCCUAGGAAACACAACUUUAUCCUCAGACCCCCAGAGUCUCAGAUGCGAACAUUCAGUUUCUGUGCAGAGAAUGAAACUGACAAAAAUAGGUGGAUGGUUGCUAUGGAGAAGUCGAUAGAACGAUGGAUAAAGGUUGACUAAAGCCAGAAGUCUAAUAGUCCUUGUCAAUUGUUUUACACGGAUAAAGGUUGACUAAAGCCAGAAGUCUAAUAGUCCUUGUCAAUUGUUUUACACGGAUAAAGGUUGACUAAAGCCAGAAGUCAAAUAGUCCUUGUCUAUUGUUUUACACGGAUAAAGGUUGACUAAAGCCAGAAGUCUAAUAGUCCUUGUCUAUUGUUUUACACAAACUGUAUGAAAUAUGUGUAUUUAUGGCCUUCAGAGUAAUGUAUUGAAUUCAAAAUAAUUUGUUGACUGAAAGUUAAACUGUUAACGGAAAUUAAAUCCUAAGUAAUAAUGUAUUUUAUAAAGCAGCUUGUACUGAUUGCUUAUCUUCUUCUAAAAGGUUGUUAUGGCUUGUAUUGUGAAUAUGUAAGUACUGUUGCUAGUGACAUACUGGUAGAUAUGUGAGAAUACUGUCAAUGGUAACCAGUAUGGCAGUACUGUCAUUUGUCAGUAAUCCAGUCAAUAUAAUGUCAUAUACAUGUAGCAACAACAAUUAUUGUAUCUGUGUGUAAAAGAGUGAUAUAGGCCUGAAGCAUUGUUGUUCACUAGAUCAUAUUUGUGUAAUCCAUCUAGAAAUUCAUGAACUUUACUUGGCAGGGUAGUGACUCUCCUCUCCGUCCCCCCCCCCCCCACACACACACACACUCUCUCUCUCCGUAAACAAAUUGCACCAGUCAAAAGCACAUACAUGUAUUUAGGUGAGUCACUCACGUGAUCUUAUGUUAUCCAUUCAUAUCUGUCAUGGUGUAUCUUGCAACAUCCACAAACUUUUGAACAUUUUCAACUUCCUCUCUGAAAUGGCUAAACCAGUUUCAACUGAUUUUGGUAUAAGGACUAAAGGAAAAAACUGAAUUUUAUGACCCAGCCCCUCUUGGUCUGAUAGAUGGGACAAAAACCAUGAAAAAUUGAGUCAUCUUCCAAAAUCUUUCAUACUUCUGAACAUUUAACAGGCUAUACCUGAUUGUUUAAUUAAAAUGAGCAGUUAACACUCUACCAAAGUUAUGAAAUUCAAGUCCACUUGAUUCAGAGUUCAGACCAAAGGUUUGGGCAUUAGACAGAAUAUUCUUAUCAUUAAAAUCAUAAUGUCCUAUGUACCUGGUUUAAUGAUAGAUAACGCGAUAACUCUAACUCAGAUACUAUGAACAAUUCAGAGAAUUCCAAAUGUCAACAUGGCAUGUAAAUUUGAAGCAAUUAAAAAUUGGUGAGGACCUGUCCAAAGACACAGUUAAAUUAUUCUAACUAGUUGGGAAUUGGUCAUACAUUGAAAAUAAAUCACACCUUGAUGGUGCAGUUUAUUUUCAAUGCAUUGAUUUAGACCCAGGUUGGAGCUAGAUUAAUCUGAUGUUGAUUAUUUUUUACUCAGAGUACCUUUGAAAAUUAUCAUUGUCCUGGAUGUUUGCUUGUCAUAUAAGCUAUCAUUGCCUGUACUAUAUAUUUAUAUAUUGUAUAUCCCCAGGGUGGACAUAAAAUUUUAACUUUAUUUAAUAUAAUUUGUAAUUCAUUUUAUCUUUAAAAGUCUUCUUUACCCUUCAUCAAGGAGACAGACUUCAUGCAAUCUUCAUGCAAUGUGAUAAUGAACUUGAAUUCCUCACUUAAUGUAAAAAUUCAUGUCCAUGUCCCAGGCAGUGCAGAGUGACCUAAGCCUGAUAUUCAGGUGAUCAUCAAGGCCCAUUGGCAUGUUCUUCUGACUUCAAAAAAAUGCAAUGAACAUUUAUUUUACCUUUUGAUGGUGACAACUUGCUUUCUUUUCAAACACAUGACAAAUUUCAAAUCAGGAUUUGUGCAUUAAAUCAUGACAUUUUGUAUAUGCUUUCAUUUUCAUUUGUUAAUGUAUACUGUAGACAUUUUUAGCUCACCUGAGCUGAAAGCUCAAGUGAGCUUUUCUGAUCACAUUUUGUCCGGCGUCCGUCUGUCUGUCCGUCUGUCUGUAAACUUUUCACAUUUUCGACUUCUUCUCAAGAACCACUGGGCCAAUUUCAACCAAACUUGCCACAAAGUAUCCUUGGGUAAAGGGGAUUCAAGUUUGUUCAAAUGAAGGGCCACGCCCUCUUUCAAGGGGAGAUAAUUAGGAAUUACUGAAAAAAUAAUGGCAUCAUUUAAAAAUCUUCUUCUCAAGAACCACAGAGCCAGGAAAGAUGAAACUCAUGUGGAAGCAUCCUUAGGUAGUGUACAUUCAAGUUUGUUCAAAUCAUGACCCCCGGGGGUAGGGCGGGGCUGCAAUGGAGGAUCAAAGUUUUACAUAGAAAUAUAUAGGAAAAAUCUUUAAAAAUCUUCUUCUCAAGAACAGCAAAGCCAUGAUGAGACAUAUUUAUAUGGAAGCAUUCCCAGGUAAUGUAGAUUCAAUUUUGUUCAAAUCAUGACCCCCG